AUGGCCGAAGAAAGAACUUUAUGGGAUUUGAAUGUUCUGAAUCCCAGAGAUAUCCAAACUGCUGUAGUCAAACCACCUAUCACUGUAAACAACUUUGAGCUCAAACUAGUACUAAUCUCAAUGGUGCAACAAUCUCAAUUUGCUGGUUUGCCGAGCGAAGACCCGAAUGUUCAUCUAGCAACAUUCAUUGAGAUCAGCGACACUUUGAAGAUAAAUGGAGCAGUUGAUGAUGCCAUUCAAAUGAGAUUAUUUCCUUUCUCUUCGAGGGACAGAGCUAAGCUUUGGUUACACUUUAUGCCCCCUGGUUCAUUCACCACUUAG